GGAGUUCACAUUGUCACAGCAGAUCACCCCCGCUGCCAAACUGCAGCACAAAUUUACCAGCAGCUAAAAGAGGACCCGAAGUUUGCAGACAAUCUUCUUCCUCUCGUUGAAGAAGGAAUUAAAGAAACCCACCGUUGGCUUUCUCAGGAGACGCAGCAGCAGCAGCAGCAGCAGCAGCAGCAGCAGCAGCAGCAAGUGGACGUGAUGGCGCUCGCGGCGCAGAUCGAAAAAGGGACUCUGCCGCUGCUGCUGCGGAAGGCGUUUAAAACUGCUGCUGCUGAGGGUUCAGUUUUGGUGGUUUGCGGCACCUUCUUUAUGAUGAGGGAGGUUAUGCAAACCCUGGGACUCGCAGAAGGACCCAUAGACCCCGUGGAUAUGAACGAGAGGUGCCCUGACCAGUCAGACGACGAAGCAUGA